AUGAACCAGCUGUUCAGCAGCUGCAAUUCGAGGCGGCAGCACAGCAACAGUAUUUCUUGGUCGAGAACCACCAGCCUUUUCUCUCCUAGCAACUUCAUCAACAUCCAGCUCAGCAACAACAACACCAAGAGCAACAAUCAGCCCCUUUGGCCGACGACGCUCCUGACUGGUGUCGACGACUUUCUCACAGAGGCAGGAUGGAUUGUGUGGGCACAACGACUUGAGGAAACCAAAAUACUGAAUCUGGAACUGACAGCCGUGAAAGGUGUUACUGGUGCUGUCCUUGAGCAUUUUGAACAAGUCGAAAGCUCGGUGCUAUUGCGUGUUUCACGGAUCUAUAGUCUCACCAAUGCAGGCAUCAAUGCUUUUCGUAUCAUUGAAGGAUCUAGUAAAAAGAUUGAAGUCGUGGGGUGUUCAGGAUUAUCUCGGACAGAUGAUCUUCAUCCAGGAUUGAUGGAAAGGCAGCACGAUGUGGAUCUGGUCGGCAGCGAGUCUGGUGCCCUUUCAAACCUGAGCGAAAGCACAGACUAAUUUUUUUUGGUUACCCUAUGCUUUCCUUAUAUAUCAGAAAUGCUUGUGUACCUCUUUUCGUCACAAAAGGGAUCACCUCGCACUCUAUAUGAUAUAGUCUCUGUGACAGAAGAGAGAAAAAAAAAUGAAGUGAGAAUAUUCUUUCUUCCGUUGUUGAAUAGAAAGACCAUCGUCGCCUCCUCCCCUCUCCCUUUAUGACC